ACCUGUGUCUGGCAGGUUGCUGGAGUGAGUGUAAUACUGGGUCGUGCGCGACUCAUGUACGAUUGCAACUCGGUGCGGAACACCGUUCCAAAAGGGGGACAACAAGCUCGCACCCAUCACAAACCAAAAGAUCUCUCCCGAUCUAUUCUUUGAAGAUACCCUCUUGGUGAUCGCCCAUUAUCUACCCAUAUCCCCCCCUUUAUCUUUCUAUCUCUUGUCUUUCGCUGUGUGAAGCUCUGAUUUGUCAUGUCUGCUGCUGCUACCAUAGCGGAAGAUGAUGUUCUGGAUUCUGUAGAAUGUACCUAUACUGCUACCGAUGGCAUCCAUGUGUCAGAGUUUCUGGAAGCGGCGCUGUCAUCAUCAGGCGUGGAUUUUCCAAUGACUCCUCAAACUCUGUUGGCGUUGAGCGAUGAACAUCUGAUUAAAUAUUGUCUGCUGAUCAUGUCUCUGUUGGGAAAACUUGGAUCCAGCACAGCUGCCACCAGUCAACCAGAUGGGGCAGCCAAUUUUGAAGCUCUCUUGGAUGCCUUUUGUCUCCGUAUUUCCUCCAGCCGAGUACUGAAGCUUCGAGCUGGAUUGCUUGCUCAUGUGACGGACUUGGGAAUGGCCGAGAGUUGGAAACCGGCCGUCACCUUUGAUCCAGACUGCUACCAACAUGCUCAGCAGCAGCUGCAACAUCCACAGCAACAAUUAUUAUUACCCAGGGCAUCCGGUCUUCAGUCCGUACAAUCCACAGACACGGUGGGUUCCAGUAGUUCCACUGUCGCACGAGGAUUGUUGGAUGAUCCAGAACAACUGCAACGCUACGUGUCACGAAACUUCUUUCAUCCUCGAAAUGGAAUCCAUCUCAAAACAAAACGGCGCAAUCUUCUUCAAGCAUAUCCAAACUCAUUCUCCGAAAAACUGGCUGUACUGUUUCUAGUGCAGGAUCUACAUUGCGACCGGAAAACGGCGUCCGUCGUUGGACAGGCCAUGCUCGAUAGAGGCCUCAUCAAGCGAGUAUACGGGGGGAAACCCAGUAUCACAAGCACCAUCACCGGUAGUCUUCGUGCUUCCCAGAGCAAUGGGGACAGCAAAUUUGGACAAGGAGACUCCAUUUUUGUCCGGGCCAUGAACAAACAGUCAUCUGUCAAGGCGUUGGCAUCCCAAAACAAAGUCGAUCUCACAUUGGGACUAGAUAUCAUUGAUCUACAAAGCAUCAGGUUCUGGAGGACUGGAAUCUGGGAAAAGGCACCCUUCAAGGAAGGAUCCCAUUUCGAUUCCGUCACUGUCGUUCAUCCCAUGGCCACAUCAUUGCCAGAAGAAGAUCAACAACAACAAGAUAAUCAAAGGCAAAUCAGUCACGAUCAUGGAGGUUGUCUCGUUCAAAGCAUCAAAGUUACCAAAGUCUUCCAAUCCAUGGCGAAGCCAGCCUUCUUAUCACUCGCAGCGUUCCAACCGGGUGAGCUCAUCGACCCACCAUCGCUCGUAGAGAUUGGACCCAAAGUCAUUGCCAAAGGAGGCGAUAAUCUGCUCAAUGAUGCCAGUGUCGAAUUACUCUUUCGGAUAUUCACACAUGUGUGGUGCAUGGAUGCCGAACGCUUUGCGGAUGAUGGCAGCGCGAAACCACCCUUUGCAUUUGACUACGACGUUAUACCCUGUGGUCAUCGAGUUGGCUUGUUGGGCGUAUUGCCGGGGUUGGAACCGCUCAACGAUUUCGAUUGGAAAGCAUGGGCCACAAAGUACAACAACAAUGCUGAAGUCUUGGACAACAUGUGCCGAUCGGCGGCAGGAUGCAGCAUUGCCACCUUUGUCCUGGGAUGCGGAGAUCGACAUUGGGACAAUAUCCAAAUUCAAAACGAUACCACCAUGCUUCAUAUUGAUUUUGGAAUGAUCUUGGGCGAGAACCCGGCCUUUAAAACACCACGGUUCUCCAUCAGCGCCGGGCAAGAAGCCGCCUUCAAGGAGGUUGGAAUUUGGGAACGCUUUGUCAAACUCUGCGGGUUGGCGUUCCUGUCGCUCCGAGCACGGGCCCCUGAACUCAUGCAGGUCACGGCGCUGCUACUCCAGCACGCCGGUAGGCCUCAGUCGAAGAUUUUGAAGUACUUGGCGUCCAUAGAAUCCUUCAACAUUUCCGAGGAAGACCAAGCCAAGGCAGAAUCCAUCGUGUGCAAGCAAGUCCGACAGAGCUCGACGCAUUGGGAAACCAUCGCUCGAAAGUUCACCCAUGAUCGAAUAGAUCCGCUCUUCUUCCGAGCAGUAGAACGAGCACCGGCAGGUCUGGUGGCGGCUGUGGAGAAAAUGUACGACAAAAACUGAAGACGAAGAAACAGGAGGAAAGAUUAGCUGCAUAGACUGAAGUAACAUCAAUCAAAGUUUUCCAGUGAAAGUAGAGACGG